AUCAAGAAGAAUCGCCUGCUUUUAUUAUUAUUAUCAGACCAAUAUCAACUUAUUUAUACCUGGAUUGAAACUGAUGGCAAACCAAAACUAGAAAUAAACAAUCUUUUACCUAAAAUAAAUAAAUUAAUUAAUUAAUAAAAAUUUCACAUCAAUGAGUAGUCUCUCUGCCUAUAAAUAUAGUCUGAAUAGGAUGUACAGAUUAAUUAUACACAUCCAAUUUUCACAGCAAUGAAUCUUUCUAUCUAUAUUUUAUUCAUAGCCACAUUUCUCAUACUCAACAAAUCAGCAAAAGCAUCGGGCCUCGGGAUUUUCCAACGCUACGAAGUUCAUAUAAUCAAUAACUUCGAAAACAACACAGACGAAUUAAUCGUUAACUGCAGAUCUGCAGACGAUGACCUCGGAGAGCAUUUCUUGGAUAAAGGCGAAGAUUGGCAUUGGCAGUUUAGGGUUAAUUUCUUUAGGUCAACUCUGUUUUACUGCAACGUGCAGUGGGGAGAAUUGGGACAGAGGUUCACUAGUUUCGAUACCGACAACAUAAGCUCUACGUGUGAAGAAACUUCGACGUGUUUCUGGUCGGUUAGGGAGGACGGUAUUUAUUUCAGCUGCGAUAAUAAAAAUUACGAGAAGAGGCAUCUUUGGCCGUGACUUAGUUGGUCGUAUUUUUUCUAGUUUUUCGUUUUGAAUUUCUUUUUUUCCAGCAUCGUCGCCGUUCUAAGGAAUGAAUUUCGGGAUGAAAUCCGUUUUUUGACCGUUGAAUUAUUCAUAGAAUUAUGCAUAACAUAAGAUCACUCAAACUGUCGUACGGUACUUCAUCUAAUACUAGGACAUGGACGAUG